AUGGCUCAAAGUGUUGCAGCAAUCUUGUCCCUGCAUCGCUUCAUGGCAUCUGGUGAGGAAAACGAUGACACCCAGGACGCUGAUGCCCUGGAAGAUUAUCCAGAGAUCUCCAUAGCCACUGUCCAUGCCAUCAGGGUUGGAAAGGUUGCAUGGUACCCAACCACCCAGGUUGUACAGGGCCAGACCUUCUUCAAGGUCAGCAAGCAUGACAGUGUCUUGACCAAAUUGACAACUGGACGUAGAGCGAACAGGCACAAAGGAAAGUCCAACAAUGUCAUUUCUCAGAAGCGCAUCUGGCACGAUCUGUACGUUGCUAGGCGUGAGGCCUGCAAUGAAGCUUUCGCACAAGUGCAGAGGCAGGCUAUGGAAUCAGCUGGAGAGGUCGUGGCAGCAGACCACAAAUUCCGAGCUGCACAUGAUGGUGAUCAGUUCUUUGUGAAGGGCGGCGCCGUGGAGCUUCAGCUCGGAAACAGCAGGGUGUUGACCACUUUCGCAGUGAAAGGCCCCCUUUUUUUUCGCUUGGAUCUGGAAACGGUCAAGCAGGUGCUCGAAGCGAUCCGGAACAGCCCAGAUGCAGAGAUUGCAUCGCCCAAGCGGAAGCGACGCCGAAGGAAGAAGGGAUCUUCAAUGACACCACAGCGGAAGAGGCGCAGUUCAGAAGGCCUUGAAGAACCGAAUGCUGUGAUGGAUGAUCACGUGAAACGUCUUGCGGGUAGAGAGGACCUGACUUGUACUCCAGAAAACGCCAGUGAGUUUGUCACAUUGAUCUCGAAGGGUCCUUGGAGCGAUGACCACAAGAACAAGUUGGGAAAGUGGAUCCAUGAGGUUUUGAUGAAUUCCAGCCCAGGCAGCAGGAAGGGUGCGAAACGAGAAAACCAAAGCAUUGAAAGCUUUGCGAACUACUUUAGCGAAAAGGAUGUGAAGUGCUUGAGCGACAAAGAUGCACCCCUUGCUGUCAAGCUGGAUUGUAUUGCAAGGCGAAUGAAGUCAGUGGGCCUCAUCUUGCCGAAAGAGCAUGUAUGGGGACGCAUUCUCCAAGCGGCCCAAGUUGCAGGGCUAGACGUGGCAGAUUCCACGGCCAGUGUAGAGUACAAACGACAAUUGAAAAGCAUGCUGGCAAAGAUGUCAAAAGGCAUCACUAUUACCAAGGCGGUUUUUCCAGUCGACCCUUGUGAGUUGGAGUGCUUCGCUGAGUCCUACGGAGAUGAAGACCAGCCAGUGAGGCUGGAUGAAGACAGUGUGAUCCAGCAGGAUGUGAGUUUGCGUGGUAGCAAGCGUGAGGUGAAGCAACGCAAGCUCAGUGGUCCCAUGAACCCGAAGGCGUUACCUAUGGUGGAGUUUCAGCAAGAUGCCCAGCCAGCAAUGCAAAAUAUGAUGAUGAUGCUGAUGCAGCAAAUGAACCAAAUGAUGUGGCACUCAGGCAGUAACCCAGAUGCUCGUGGCUCUGGUGUGGGUUUGGGCAAUUUUCGUCCUGCGGCGGCACCAAAGGUCAAGAUGUUGAUGCCUGAUCCUGCCACUCAUGCAUCAAGUGCUCACGCUGCAGCUCCUGCAGCAGCACCGUUGCAGGCCAUUGAGGACAAGCAACCUGGCCCUCAGAGCUCUACAAAGGAAAAUGGGCAUGAAGGGGAAAUGUCUCCCAACAAGGCCAUGCUCGAGGUGAACCAGCCAGAGGCAGCGGUGUUGCUGGAAACCACUCCUAAGAUUCCUGGGCCAAUGAAGAGGCCUGCAGGCAAAGCCGUGCCUACCCCGAAGCCAAAGGCUCAGGGUGCCAAAGGCAAAGGCGGAUCGAAGCCUUCUGGCAAGGGCAGGUCGAAGGCGGUUAAGCAGCACCAGAUUAUCAAGUGCAAGGGAGGGUGGUCCAUGGAGAUCAGGGUUAGGGAGUCCGGACAGAAGGACAAGCACUUCCGUUCUCCUUCAGGGCAAAUGUUCAGGAUUCAGGCUGAAGCUGUCGCUGCUGGUUUUCCCGGCCGGUGA